UUAUUUUUCUUUGGAUUCCGAACCCUUUAAUAUUGAAACUGAGAAUGUAUAAUAUAAAUAAAAUCAGUGCUGAAGAAGAUUCUGAAGAUAAUUCAGAUGAUAACUUAAAAAUUGUAAUAGAAUCACCAAACAGUAAACGUAAAACACCACCAAAACCGACCGAAUCUGAAAAAUUGAUAAUCGAAAGUAUCGAAGAUGAACUUCAAAGAAGACUAGAAGAAAAAGCAGCCAAAACAAAGUUGAACGCAAUACAUGUUAAAAAUAUAAUCAAACAUGUAGUUACAAAUGAACACGUUUUAGCAUUAGUGAAGAAAGCAGAAAACCCUACCGGAUGUAAUGAGUCGAUUCCCUAUGAACCUAAACUAACAAGAGCGAAAGCCAAAGAACUUUUGUCAUCGGUAGCAAUUGCUCCAAUGCCGUGGACAACAUCGAAACCUACAUCCGAGGUUCAAGCUUUAUUUACAGAAGAAUUGCAGGAAGAUUCUUCAGGAGAUGAAUAUAUUCCUGGGGAAGAGGAGAGUGAAGAUGAUAGAGACAGUUCAAUUAUUAGUGACCCUCCUUCAGUUCCACCUCCAACACCACCUACUCCUUCAGCAAACAUUGAUUCUUAUACACAGACAAAUUGGACCGAUGAUGGAGUUUUUAAAAUACCCCCAAAUAAAUCGAAAGAAGAGGUUGAGGAAGAAGCAAAUAUUGCGCGUCGUACGAGAUCCAAACUAUGUCUCAGUUCAACACCAUUGGAAGUUAUUGAGGAAGCUUUUAUACCACCUGAUAUUACCACAGAUAUGUAUGAUAUGCAUUGUGAUAAUGAUGAUUGGAUGGAUUUUCUUAAGAAGUUCACAAGACCUCUGGACGAAGUUGCAAAAGCUACUGAAGAUGAGGAACAAGACCCGGAAUAUAAUAUAUUAGCUGACGAAGAAAUAGACAAAAUAGAUAAAGAAGAAUUAAGAGUCGAUAAGGCUGUCAAAGUAACUAGAAAAGAGCUUAACGAUUUAAUAGCUGAACUUCUUGAAUGUUCCGAAAUUUGUAAUUUACCUGAAAUGGAAAAGAAAGCUAAAAAUAGCAAUUUUGAUUGCAAUGGAAAUGAUCAAUCUGAAGCCCCAAAUUAUUCUGAGAGGUCAAAAAGUGUAGAUAACAGAAAGGAGGAAGUACUUCCUAACGAGAGUGUAACGGUUGUAAUUAAUGAAUCGGACAAUUUUGAAGAAGAGGAAGAUAAUUUCAUAAAACGAAGCCAAAUUCCCCUUUUGCUGCAACAAAUGAGACAACAUGUUCAACUCAUUACACAAAAUUUUAUUUUGACAUAUGAACAUCCAGAGUUGCAUCAUUAUUCUAUACAGUUAAAAGAAUAUUUGCUGAAUUUAAAAUUUUUGUGUGAAGAAAAACAGAAGUCUGCAUUUUAUGCAUUAAAUUUAAUGAAGGCAUUACAGUUAGUGGAGUACUGGCAAAAAUUACUGGCAACAAACAACAAUGCAGUUAAAGACAUGAAAAGGCACAUUGAAAAGACCAUGGCAGAAUGUAUUCAACAUAAACAGAGUGGGAAUAGUUAUAUACCAACAUUCCCUCUACUAAUUUUGGAGACAAUAUCAAACAGUGAUGUCUUUCUAUAUCCAUCACUCUUGCCCAAGAUACCGUUUAAACCAAAUACACUAUUUCCCAGACACACUACUUUCACUGAUUCUGAAGAUCAAUUAAUUGCUUUAGGUUGGGAGCAGUUUGAGUCAUUACUUAAAAAAGAUCGGAAGAAUCUUACUAAAUCUAACGAUGUUAGAUUAAAAGUUAUUUCUUCCUAUAUACAAGAAUAUAUUAUGCCUCAAAAAGAUAUGUAUAAAAUAUAUAAUCAUAUCCUUUUUUAUAAACAUCCCCGAUGUCGAAAUAAUCCCUUAAAAUAUUACUACCAGUAUAGGAAAGCACCACCAGUAGUUCAUUUUGUUUCUCCUUUACAUGAGCUACAAGUUCUGCCUCCUUGUAAAAGAUUGGCUAAUCAACUACCUUAUCAAUGGAAAGUGUUCAAUUAUCCAAAUGUGAAUGUUACUUCAGCUACUUCGGCACAAAUAUCAACUGCUCCUCAGUUAUCGGCGACACAAGUAAAUCCAACAACAGAAGUAAUACCAGCAACAUUAAAUAUAGGAGUAUUGCAACCUCUCAGUACAAUAAUUACACCAAUAACUGUAAAUUUAGAAAAGUCGGUAUUGUCACAGAAACUUGUUACUUCUACACCUAUUUUUCCAAAUCGGCGAAAAACAUUUCUACCACGUAAGAGAAGAAAGUUAUGUCCAAAGGUGAAAAAGGUCCGUUACAAAAUUAUAGAUCCCAUAUCUAAAUUUGUGGAAUGUUUAAGUCGACCAUCAAUAAUAAACCGAUUAUUUACAUUUCACAGUGACUUUACAGAAUUUCCGUAUGUGGAAGAAAGCAAUUGUAUAAAUAAUUUUUUGUUGAAGACUUCACUGAAUACCAUGUUACCUAGCAUGCCCAGUCUCGGUACACCAAUAAAAAAAUCUUUCCAGAAUGAGGCAUCGUCUAAUGUUACAAAUGUAGACAAAAAUGACAAAAUUCUUACAAAUGUCAUAGAUGGCAAAAGUGAGAAGAGGAAAAAUGUUCUUCCUGAAGUCUCAACUAUAAGUAGUAGUAGUUUUCAGCAAGCAGGUUCAAGUACUGAAGUGGAAUUUUGCAGACCUACAGAUAAUUGUCAGGCAGUUACUUGUAAAUCAGAAUCCAAUGUAAAUUUCUCAUUGGCUAAUCAAGAAGUCCCUUCUCGUAAUACUAUUCAAGAUGCUACCAGUUUAGAGAAGGAUAAUCCUGAACAUACUAGUAGCUCAACAGUGAAACCCCCAGGAAAGAAAGAACCUUCAGGAGCUGAGAAAAAACGUGCAAAGCUAAGAAGAGAAUUUCUUGCUAAUAUUUCAGUUUGCACUCCUGAAGAUACUGAAAUUGAGAAGCAAAAAAGUGAAAUGUUUGCUCUGGCUUAUUACGAUAAAAUGAGGGAGACUCUAGAAUUAGAAGAAUAUCAUAAAAUAAUGCAGAUUUUAAAUGAUCACGAGGAAGGUGAUGCUGUAGAUUUAUACAAGAAAAUUGAAAAGGUACUUGUCCCAAAGUAUCAAGAAUUGGCUGAAGAAUUUCUGUUGUUUUUAAGAGAAAAGGAAGCUGCUGCUGCAGGACAGUUAGUGUCAUGGAUAAUGGUGAACAAUAGAUCUAAAUUUUUAAGAAAACUCGAAAUUUAUUUUAAAGACCAACCUGCACAACUUAGAAAAAUAUAUAAAUGUUUAACUGAAUUAUCUCAGACUGCAGAUGUUUCCAUGGAAAAAAUAAAAAAUACUUUGAUACCUAUGUUUAAAGGAAAUGCAGUGUUAUGUGAUCUAUUUGUACAAAAUUUCUUAAACGAAAGGCCUCCUCCAAGUUUAUUGGAAGGUCCUUAUGAGACUAUUGAUGUAACCAAAGACAUGUCUAGAGUAGACGAUGAAGACAUAGUUGAGACAAUUACAGUUCCAGAUACUGAGGACAAAUAUGGGGGCCCAUCUUGUAUUUGCAAUUGUCACCAAAUAGAAGAUGCAGAAUUUAAGUCUCGAUAUAGGCACUGUACUCGAUGUGGAACACGGUUUGUGAAUGGAAAGGUUUUUAUACAAAGUGGAAGGGGUUUACGGCCCGCUACAGUCUCAUUUCUUACGAAUCCUAAUGAAGAUCAUAAUGCAAGAUUAAUAGGGAAGACCCCAACUGUCACAAGUCAAAGGAAAAAGAGGUCAGAGACCAGCCCAUCAAAACAAGUCCUGUUGUCACCAACCAAAGAAAAUCCUGAUGAGGAGAGUGAAGAUGAAGCAGAUGUUAAAAAGAAAUCAAAGAGGAAAUCUGCAAAGAAGAAACCAUCUGAUAAGGCUUCAAAAGUUUCUAAGGAACCUCAAAAGACUGUACUUACUAAAAAAAGUAGAUCUAGUAGAAAUAGCAAUAGUAAAUUUGGUAAUGCAAGUCCAACUAAUAAGGAGUACAAAACUAGUAGAAAAAGAACAUAUUCGGUAAAAAAAUGUAAAGAAAGUAAUAAAAAAGCAGAUAAGCCUCUAGAAGAAAAGAUUACGGUAAAGGCAGGUUCAUCAUUGGGUCAACAAAAGCGACUAGCUAAUGAAUCUAUGGAAUGGGCGGAUAAUCCUGGUAUAUCUUCUUUGGAAUUGAAGGUAAACAGUCCAGGUCAACAAACUGCAGAAUCUGAGAGUGAAUUUUGUGAGGAAUCUUCACAAGAUAAUUGUGAGUCUGACAGUAACUCUAGUAUAUCCUCAAUUAAUAAUCAUUCACAAAGUGACAGCAAUACAGGAGAAGAAUGUUCAUGGAAGCGAGAAGAGGAUAAGAUUAUUUUAGAAACAUUUCAAAAGGAGAACGACAAAGAAUAUGCUUUUAAAAUUAUCGCCGAUCAAUUAAAAAAUAGAACGGUUCCGCAAAUUAGCAACCGUUUUCAGACUUUAAUGACUUUACUAUUGGAAACUUUAGGAAAUUCUUAAUAAUUUGAUUUCAGAUUAUUGUACAUAUUUGUGAUUUUUAAGACUUCUUUAAUUUUUUUUAAGUGUGUGUAAUUCAUAAUUA